AUGAAAGUUUCUGACACACUCAAACCUAUAAAUACUGGAGGCCCAGAGCCCGAGAGCUUCCCUCUCGACGACUGCGAUAUUUCUCAGGUUUCCAACGAAACCCUGACUGCAUUCUUCAAUACCGCACCGGCUCUCUAUUCCUAUGAAGGGACACAUAUUAUUCGCAUAUCACGCACAUUGAUCCUCAAAGGUGGGACCGGUACUCGACCAUGCGAGGCUAACAUCCUGAAGCUUGUUGCUGAGGCAGGGGAGCGGGAGGGAUCGAGAGCCAUCCCACUACCCAAAGUGCAUCGAACUCUCAAUAUCGAAUCAGAAGAUGUUAUUCUUGGCGUUAAAUGCCUAAUCCUAAUGGACUUCGUCGAUGGCAGAUCAGUCGAACAAUGUUGGGGCGACCUGAGUCAGGCCGAACGUGUAGACGUUGUCUCUCAAGUUGCUUCGAUUAUUACCACUCUGCGGUCUAUCCCGCUGUCCGACCAGCAGCAGCAAAAGCCCGGCCCGGUAGGCUGUAAAUGCUGUGUUGCUCGUGGAUUCUGGUUUACCGACAUAGGAGCCGGCCCAUUUGAUUCGAAAGAGCACCUAGAAGCUUGGUUCAAUGACCGACUUGAAAUCUCCCAGAAAUUUCACCAGGCGCCCGAUACUGUCCCGCCAUUUCACUUUGAUAAACUAGUUCUCACUCACUUGGAUAUCGCACCCCGCAACUUGAUUCUAGACCCUGAUGGCAAAGUUUGGCUGAUUGACUGGGGCGAUGCUGGGAUAUACCCUGAUGGGUUCGAGGUUGCGUUGCUCAAAGCGCGGAGGUUCGAAGCGCCAGUAUACACUGAUAUGUUGCUUGAAAUGCUUUCCAAAACACUUCCCAUGCAUGAAGAGCUACAUCAGCAGCUGAGAUGGAUCACGUUUGCUUUGACCACUGGGCAAUGGCUGGGAAGAGAGAUGCUUGACUCUGGCAUGCUAUCACAUGGCAUCAUCGAAUACCAGCAUAUUUCUAGUCUAUGCCUUCACCAUGGUCAUCAUUAUUGUUCAGGCUGA